GGAAUGAGAGGUAGGGAGGGAGGCUAGGAUUGGCCGAGUCAGUGGCAGGGUGGGGAACGGUCAGGACAGAGGAAGCAUUUACCUGUCUAGGUAAGUCAGGAGGAGGUCAAAAGGAGAAGAAAACAGUAGGAGGCAACGAAGCAGCCUCUGUCUCUGCCCUUUGAAAUAAAAGGAUAUUUCUUAUCCUCUCUUCAGUCCCCAACCCAGUGGAGGCCCGGCUUGGGACAUUGUUCACUUCCCCUCACUUCCCCUCUGGGAGCCCCCUUUGCCAUCCCUGCGCCUUGUUUCAGGCGAUGCCCGAGAGGGAGCUGUGGCCAGCGGGGACUGGCUCAGAACCCGUGACCCGUGUCGGCAGCUGUGACAGCAUGAUGAGCAGCACCUCCACCCGCUCUGGAUCUAGUGAUAGCAGCUACGACUUCCUGUCCGCUGAAGAGAAGGAGUGUCUGCUCUUCCUGGAGGAGACUAUUGGCUCACUGGACACAGAGGCUGACAGCGGGCUGUCCACGGAGGAGUCUGAGCCAGCCACAGCUCCCAGAGGUUUCCAAGCACUGCCCAUAACCCAGCCCGCUCCCCAGGGAGGUCCAGAGGAGAUCAUCACUCAGCAAGGACCAGCGCCAAAGACAGUGACAGAGUCCAUCUCAUCCCAUCCUCCCGAGCCGCAGGGCCUGGGCCUCAGAUCUGGCUCCUAUAGCCUCCCCAGGAAUAUCCACAUUGCCAGAAGCCAGAACUUCAGGAAAAGCACCACCCAGGCUAACAGACGCACCCCUGGAGAACCCGUGAGGCUUGUGCCAGAGCUUGAGAAAGAGCAGGUCAGCCAGAGCAGCGAACCCAGCCAGGCACCUGCCAGCCCCCGGGAGGCUGCCCUUGACUUGGACGUGGUGCUCAUCCCCCCACCAGAAGCUUUCCGGGACACCCAGCCAGAGCAGUGUCGGGAAGCCAGCCUGCCCGAGGGGCCAGGACAGCAGGGCCACACACCCCAGCUCCACACACCAUCCAGCUCCCAGGAGAGAGAGCAGACUGCUUCAAAGGCCAUGUCCCAAAAAGCCAAGGAAACAGGCUCAACCGGGUGCACACAACAACCCCGGCCUCCUCCUGCAGUGUUGCCUCAGAAUGUAAGAGCUGAAGAUGCUCCCCUCCCAUCAGGGGAGGACCCAAACACCCGACUGGCUCCCCUCACAGCCCCUAAGCCCCGGAAGCUGCCACCUAAUAUUGUUCUGAAGAGCAGCCGAAGCAGUUUCCACAGUGAUCCCCAGCACUGGCUAUCCCGCCACACUGAGGCUGCCCCUGGAGAUUCUGGCCUGGUCUCCUCCUCCUCUUCACUGCAAGAGCAGAGGAAAGCACGUAGAGAAGCCCUGGAGAAGCUGGGGCUUCCCCAGGACCAAGAUGAGCCUGGACACCACUUAAGUAAGCCCACCAGCUCCAUUAGACUCAAGGAGACACGUGCCCAGCGUCCAUCCCCAGCACCAGCGCAGGCCGCAGCGGCUAUUCCUGCUGCAGGGAAGCCUCUGGCUCGAGCUCCGGCUCCAGCUCCAGCUCAGGGACCUUUGCCAGUGAAGUCUCCAGCUCCAGGCAAUGUUGCAGCUACCAAAUCCGUGCCAAUUCCUAUCCCUAAGGCCCCAAGGGCAAAUAGUCCCCUGACUCCACCAAAGCCUGACUCUGGGCUGACUCUCCAGGAGAGCAACAUCCCUGGCCUGAGACAGAUGAACUUCAAGUCCAACACUCUGGAACGCUCAGGCGUGGGGCUGAGCAGCUACCUCUCAGCUGAGAAAGACACCAGCCCCAAAACCAGCACUUCUCUGGGAAAGGGCUCUGUCUUGGACAAGAUCUCUCCCAGCAUCUUGCGUAAUUCUCGGCCCCGCCCGGCCUCCUUGGGCACAGGGAAAGACUUUGCAGGUAUCCAGGUAGGCAAGCUGGCUGACCUGGAGCAGGAGCAGAGCUCCAAGCACCUGUCCUACCAAGGACAGAGCCGUGACAAGCUUCCUCGGCCCCCCUGUGUCAGUGUCAAGAUCUCCCCAAAGGGUGUCCCCAGUGAACACAGAAGGGAGGCCCUGAAGAAGCUGGGACUGUUGAAAGAGUAGACUCUGCCACCAGCACUGCCAGCACUGCCCCUGACCUGGCUGAACAAGAAGAGACGUAGGCUCCACAUGGGAGCCUUUGCCAUCGCAUAAUUCAGGGCUUGGGCAGGGUAGGGUUCUCUCAGAUGCUCUCUGCUCGAGAUGAACAGGAGGGAGAGAUUUGAAUCCUAGCAUACAUUUAUAUUCAGAGUGUUGUGCCAUUGAGUGCCCACAUGGAUCAUUCCGAAGGUGAUCUUCACAAGAGGGUGU